AUCACUGGCUGAUUUCAUGCAUUGAUAAUGACUGCUUAGGUUGCCUGUUUCUCAGCAUAAAUUCACCUCAGACUUCUACUUUGACAGUGCUCUGUGUUUCCGUCCGCAUGAAGAUACAGAACUGAAAUUGCUUUGCUUUCUUUACAAAUGACUCAGAGUGUGCUUGUCCUUCCCUAAAAUGUUGCCAGCGUGUGAAGGAUUUUCAAUGAGCAGUGCUAUAAGGCAGCAUCUGGGAAGGUUUGGAGCUGCACUGGUGUGCCAGUGCACUGUGACAGAGGAGCAGGGCUGAAGCCAAGGCUCUGUAGCACUGUAGAUCGUAUUGGUUGCAUACUGGAAGUUUUGUUUAUGUCACUUAGUUCCUUUUGAGCUCAUUAAAUACUACUGCCAUAAUGUGGAGUGGACUUCCCAGUAGAGCUUGUGUUGUGUCUCUCUUGAUGGAACAGCAAUUUACUUGAGUUUGUGAGGAAGAUGAAAUAUGGAACUUCCUUAUUUCUUCCCAUUUUGAGAUUACUUGCAGCACAGAGGAAACUGGAGAGAAAGUAAGGCACUACUGCACUUCCCACCCUUGUGCGUGCACCUACCUUGAUGAUGCAGCCUUCUCUGGAUAUCAAACCCUUUAUGUCCUUCCCUGUGGACAGCAGCUCUGCUGUUGGAUUCUUCCCAAAUUUUAACACAAUGGAUCCUGUGCAAAAAGCAGUCAUAAACCAUACGUUUGGAGUGUCCAUUCCCCCAAAGAAGAAGCAAGUCAUUUCCUGUAAUGUCUGCCAGCUUCGCUUUAACUCUGAUAGCCAGGCCGAGGCCCACUACAAAGGAAGUAAGCAUGCCAAGAAGGUGAAAGCACUAGAGGCAACGAAAAAUAAACCAAAAGUUGGGUCUUCCAAGGACAGCGCAAAGGCUAACCCAAGCUGCUCCACGCCAGUCACAACCAACAUCUCUGACAAAUCAGAAGAUAAAGGAAAAGUGAAAUCCAAUGGUGCAAGUCAGCAUUCCAGUACAGAAGUGGGUGCUUUUCUUUCCAAAACUGGAGUGGCAGCAGUGGCACCUGUAACAUCUGCAGCAUCCUCCAACAGCACUAAUGGGGCUCCCAGCACAGCCUCUGAAUCAGAAGAGGAAAAAGCCAAAAAACUACUUUACUGUUCAUUAUGCAAAGUAGCUGUGAAUUCCCUGUCACAACUAGAAGCACACAAUACAGGCUCAAAACACAAGACGAUGGUUGAGGCUCGGAAUGGUGCUGGUCCCAUCAAGUCUUACCCUAGACCCGGCUCCCGGCUGAAAGUGCAGAAUGGCAGUAAAGGCUCAGGACUGCAGAACAAGACAUUUCAUUGUGAAAUCUGCGAUGUCCAUGUUAACUCAGAAAUUCAGCUUAAACAGCACAUUUCCAGCCGAAGACAUAAGGACAGAGUUGCAGGAAAGCCUAUGAAACCUAAAUACAGUCCUUACAACAAACUGCAGCGCAGCCCAAGUAUUCUAGCAGCAAAGCUUGCAUUCCAGAAAGACAUGAUCAAGCCACUGGCCCCUGCGUUUCUUUCCUCACCACUGGCUGCUGCAGUCUCAUCGGCGCUGUCACUCCCAGCCCGCCCUGCGGCCUCCCUCUUCCAGGCGCCUGCCAUCCCCCCAGCCCUCCUCAGGCCUGGCCACGGGCCCAUUCGUGCUACACCCGCCUCCAUCCUUUUUGCACCAUACUGAGUCUGGUGUUAAAGGGAGAUAGCUAUGGCCAGUAGGAAGGGUGAAAGAAUAGCGAGAAAAGGGUCUUUUGAAAUGCCACCUGGCGUGACGUCUCAACCAUCUUCACCAUAAAGCUCAUUGCUGAUGGUACAUCGUUUUGAAAUCUAGACAACUCUUUCUUGGUCUCUCUCUCCCUCUUAAUCCAAAUAGAGAGUGAUUUACUAAAAACUUAAUUGCUCAUAAAAUUGUAUCAUUAGAGAUUAAUGCAUCUAUUAUUAUUUUUUGCAAUGUGUAUGCCGCACCUUGGAAACAAGGAACAUAAAAUAUUUUCCUGACAGACUUGAAAACUAGGGUCUUCCUUGCUCGCAACUAAGUACAUAGCUCUCUGAAAACCACAGGGGUGUAAUCUAGUGUGGAAAAAGGUAAGUGAGCCAAGUGCUUGAUCAAGGGUAACAUCUCCAAAUGAACUGCGUCCUUUUCUUUUCAAUGUGCUCUCUUGUUGACAGGGAUUGUGUAUGUCCUAGGCCCCAGUACUGGUGUAUCUUGUGUAGUACUAAAGAUGUACUGCGUCUGAUUUUAAGAUUUUUAGUUUCUGUGCAGUUGUUUGAAAGCAAUGCAGCGCUGAAGCUUUUUUUAAAUAUUUUUCUUUUGUGUCAGACCUUAUUUAGAGAGAUUAAAACUAGAAAGCCAUAUAACACAUAGUUAAGAUUACUACUUGUUUACUUCUUUAAAUUAUUUUUGUUGUUUCUUUGCUGAUGUUGCUAAGCAAUGUUUAAAGAGGAAAAAAAAAAAA